GCAGCAGCAGCAGCGGCGGCCGCCAUGGCCAAGGCCGGCGUGGAGCUCACCCGCGAGCUGCAAGACAGUAUCCGGAGGUGCCUGAGCCAAGGGGCUGUGUUCCAACAACAUCGUGUGAAGCUGGAAACAAAACCCAAGAAGUUUGAGGACAGAGUGCUGGCCCUGACCUCCUGGCGCCUACAUCUCUUCCCCCUUAAAGUUCCUGCCAAGGUGGAGAGUUCCUUUAAUGUCCUUGAGAUCCGUGCCUUUAACACUCUCAGCCAGAACCAGAUCCUGGUAGAGACUGAGCGUGGCAUGGUGAGCAUGCGGCUGCCCUCGGCUGAGAGUGUGGACCAGGUGACACGACAUGUGAGCUCUGCCCUCUCCAAGGUCUGCCCUGGCCCUGGGUGUUUGAUCCGGCGUGGAAAUGCAGACACCCCAGAGGGUCCUCGAGACACAUCUCCCAACUCUGAAACUUCUACAUCUACCACUCACAGUGUGUGUGGUGGCUUCUCUGAGACCUAUGCUGCCCUGUGUGACUACAAUGGGCUACACUGCCGUGAGGAGGUGCAAUGGGAUGUGGAUACCAUCUAUCAUGCUGAGGAUAACCGCGAGUUCAAUCUUUUGGAUUUCAGCCACUUGGAGAGCCGAGAUUUGGCUCUAAUGGUGGCAGCCCUGGCCUAUAACCAGUGGUUCACCAAACUCUACUGCAAAGACUUGAGACUGGGCUCAGAAGUACUAGAACAGGUGCUACAUACCCUCAGCAAGUCGGGGAGCCUUGAAGAGCUGGUUCUGGACAAUGCUGGACUUAAGACGGACUUUGUCCAGAAGCUGGCUGGAGUGUUCGGGGAGAAUGGGAGCUGUGUACUGCAUGCCCUCACUCUGUCCCACAACCCCAUCGAGGACAAGGGUUUUCUCAGUCUAAGCCAGCAGCUCCUCUGCUUCCCCACUGGCCUCACCAAGCUGUGCCUGGCCAAAACUGCCAUUUCCCCUCGAGGGCUCCAGGCACUGGGCCAGACCUUUGGGGCCAACCCAGCCUUUGCCAGCUCCCUUCGAUACCUGGACCUGAGCAAGAACCCUGGACUGCUUGCCACAGACGACGCCAAUGUCCUCUAUAGUUUCCUGGCCCAGCCCAAUGCCCUGGUACACCUGGAUCUGUCAGGGACUGACUGCACCAUCGACUUGCUUCUGGGAGCCCUGCUUCAUGGCUGCUGCUCCCAUCUCACCUACCUCAACCUGGCUCGCAACAGCUGCUCCCACAGGAAGGGCCGAGAAGCACCACCAGCCUUCAAGCAGUUCUUCAGCAGCGCCUACACCUUGAGCCAUGUCAGCCUGUCAACCACAAGGCUGCCACUGGAGGCCCUCAGGGCACUGCUUCAGGGCCUCUCCCUCAACAGUCACCUCAGUGAUCUGCACCUGGACCUCAGCAGCUGUGAGCUCCGCUCAGCAGGAGCCCAGGCUUUGCAGGAGCAGCUGGGGGCUGUCACUUGUAUAGGCAGCCUAGAUCUCUCAGACAAUGGGUUUGACUCGGAUCUCCUGACACUGGUGCCUGCACUUGGCAAGAACAAGUCCCUCAAGCACUUGUUCCUGGGCAAGAACUUCAAUGUCAAGGCCAAGACUCUGGAGGAGAUCCUUCACAAGCUGGUGCAACUGAUCCAGGAAGAGGACUGUUCCCUGCAGUCACUGUCAGUGGCGGACUCCCGGCUGAAGCUUCGCACCAGCAUCCUCAUCAAUGCGCUGGGCAGCAACACUUGCCUGGCCAAGGUGGACCUCAGCGGCAAUGGCAUGGAGGACAUCGGGGCCAAGAUGCUGUCCAAGGCCCUGCAGAUCAAUUCCUCCCUUAGAACUAUCCUAUGGGAUCGAAACAAUACAUCGGCCCUGGGCUUCCUGGACAUCGCAAGGGCCCUGGAGAGCAACCACACACUGCGCUUCAUGUCCUUCCCUGUGAGUGACAUCUCUCAAGCCUACCGCAGCGCCCCUGAGCGCACAGAGGAUGUUUGGCAGAAGAUCCAGUGGUGCCUAGUGAGGAACAACCACUCCCAGACAUGUCCACAGGAGCAGGCCUUCAGACUACAGCAGGGCCUGGUGACCAGCAGCGCCGAGCAAAUGCUGCAGCGACUGUGUGGACGAGUGCAAGAGGAAGUACGGGCCCUGAGGCUGUGUCCCUUGGAGCCUGUGCAAGAUGAGCUGCUCUAUGCUCGGGACCUCAUCAAGGAUGCCAAGAACUCCCGGGCGCUAUUUCCCAGUCUAUAUGAGCUGGGCCAUGUCCUGGCCAAUGAUGGGCCUGUGCGGCAAAGGCUGGAGUCGGUAGCCAGUGAGGUCUCCAAGGCUGUGGACAAGGAGCUGCAGGUGAUCUUGGAAUCCAUGGUCAGCUUAACCCAGGAGUUAUGCCCCGUGGCCAUGAGGGUGGCAGAGGGGCACAACAAGAUGCUGAGCAAUGUGGCGGAGCGUGUCACUGUGCCCCGAAACUUCAUCCGAGGAGCGCUGCUGGAGCAGGCGGGACAGGACAUUCAGAACAAGCUGGAUGAGGUGAAGCUCUCGGUUGUCACCUACUUGACGAAUUCCAUAGUGGAUGAGAUUCUGCAAGAGCUGUACCACUCCCACAAGAGCCUGGCCCGACACCUGACUCAGCUAAGGACACUAUCAGAUCCACAAGGGGGCACAGGCCAGGGGCACGAUCUGUCGUCCCGAGGCCGAGGCCGGAACCAUGACCAUGAUGAGACUACGGAUGAUGAACUUGGGACCAACAUUGACACAAUGGCCAUCAAAAAGCAGAAACGCUGCCGCAAGAUCCGGCCAGUGUCUGCCUUCAUCAGUGGCAGCCCUCAGGACAUGGAAAGCCAACUGGGGAGCUUGGGGAUUCCCCCUGGCUGGUUUUCAGGACUUGGGAGCAACCAGCCCACAGCGAGUGGCUCCUGGGAAGGUCUAUCCGAUCUGCCUACUCAUGGCUAUAAACUAAGGCAUCAAACACAAGGGAGGCCCCGGCCCCCCAGGACCACCCCACCAGGACCUGGUCGGCCCAGUCAGGUAUCAGUCCCCGGGACUCGUCAGGAGAACGGCAUGGCUACCCGCCUGGACGAGGGACUAGAAGACUUCUUCAGUCGAAGGGUCAUGGAUGAGAGCUCCAGCUACCCCCGGACUCUGAGGACCAUGCGGCCAGGCCUCUCAGAGCCACCAUUGCCUCCACUCCAGAAGAAAAGGCGCCGAGGCCUGUUUCACUUCCGCCGGCCCCGGAGCUUCAAAGGGGACAGAGGUCCCGGGUCCCCCACUGCUGGACUCCUCCUCCCUCCACCCCCACCCCCACCUCCAACUCAGGAGAGCCCUCCCAGCCCAGACCCCCCAAGCCUUGGCAAUAACUCCUCUCCCUGUUGGAGCCCAGAGGAAGACAACAGCCUCCUUCCUGGAUUUGGGGGGGGCCGGGGGCCUUCCUUCCACAGGAAGAUGGGCACUGAGGGGUCAGAGCCAGGGGAAGGAGGCCCAGCCCCUGGGACAGCACAGCAGCCAAGAGUACAUGGUGUUGCUCUUCCUGGCUUGGGAAAAGCCAAAGGUUGGAGUUUCGAUGGUAAACGAGAGGGAACAGGCCCAGACCUGGAGGACAGCACCCAGGCUUGGCAAAAACGGCGCUCUUCAGACGAUGCAGGGCCUGGAGCCUGGAAGCCCCCACCACCACCUCAAAGCACCAAGCCAAGCUUUAGCGCCAUGCGCCGAGCAGAGGCCACCUGGCAUAUAGCUGAGGAGAGUGCCCCCAACCACCGCUGCCAGAGCCCUAGCCCAGCCUCCCAAGAUGAAGAGGAAGAAAAGAAAGGGGCCUUAUUCCCAGAGAGGACAGUUCCAGCUAGGAAUGCCAAGCUGCAGGAUCCUCCUUUAGCUCCACGGCCCCCCAAGCCAGUGGCCGUGCCCAGGGGCCGCCUGCCCCCACAGGUUCCAGGAGGCCGAGAAGAAGAGGCAGGAGGUGCAGCUCCAGCUGUCAACAAGCCCCGGCUGAGGCUGGCCUCACAGCAAAACCAAGAUGAGCUAGAAGUCCAAGGACCUGCUGAUGGCGGCCGCCGGACAGCGCCCCUGAAGCCCAAGAGAACACGGCGAGCUCAGUCCUGUGACAAACUGGAGCCUGAUAGAAGACGGCCCCCGGACCCCACAGGAACCAGUGAGCCAGGAACAGACUGACAGCUACUGAACACCCUCCCCAGCCUUCCUCGACAUGUGCCUCAAAAAGGACUCAGACCCCAUCCACCCUUGCUCGCCUAACCCCUGCCAGCCCCUGCCCUGUGUCCUAUGGAGCAGCAGGGCAGGACUAGGCAUAGGAGAGCAGGAGCAGGACUGGGAGGGAGGGGAAAACCUGAAGAGAGGGAGGCCUUCAAGCCUACCUCUAGCAGCCUCUGCCUCUGGCAGAAAGCUUCGGGCAGAGGCUGUCAACUCCUCUGGGAGGGAGGAUCUCUGCCUCUCUAAACCCAGGGGCUCUCUCCCCACUUGUAUAAAAUAAAAUUUUAAAAAAAUUCA